AUGUCUGACGACAAAGGCAGGAAGCAAGCUACUCUGGGGUAUGUGCCAGACUCUCAAUUGACCAUUGGGCGAUUUUUCGGUGGCAAUGCCAAUGGCGAGCAAGCUCCAAAGAAGCAGACCACUCUCGCAUUCGGCGGGAAGCGACAAAGAGCCAGCAGCGGCGCCGAUCCAGAAGCCCAAGAGCAAGAAGCAACGAUCUCCAAACCUAAGAACAAAGAAACCGCCAGUGCGAAUGAGACCGAGUCAACCAACAAUCUGAAACGGGAAAAGACCGAUGAGGCCGAGGACAGUGAUGGUUCUGAUGUGCAGCCGGUGUCAAAGCGGAGGCGCAGAACGGUAAAGAGUGAAUCAUUAACUCCCAAGAAGACCGAAUCUUCGCCGAAGAAAUCAAAAUCGCCCUCUCCCAAGAAGUCACCAGCGAAACCCAAGGCCAAGUCCUCUUCUCCACGGACGGUUGUGAAGGAGGACAAGGAUGGAGAGGAGGAGGAAGAUUUGGUGAGCGAAGGCGAAGAAGAGGCAAAGCCCGACGCUAAGAAGAAGACCAUGGAAAAGGUCCAAGCGACUCUGAAGGCCAGUGGGAAGGAUCCGUAUCCAGACUGGAAAGCUGGGGACCCUGUACCUUAUGCCGCGAUGUGUACGACUUUCUCUCUAGUUGAGAUGACUUCAAAGCGCCUGGUGAUCAUGGCCCAUUGCUCUCUUUUCCUUCAACAAGUGAUGCGCCUGACCCCCAAUGAUCUCCUCCCUACUGUUCAGCUUAUGAUCAACAAGCUUGCGGCAGACUAUUCCGGUAUUGAACUGGGAAUUGGCGAAUCAUUGAUCAUGAAGGCCAUUGGCGAAACCACCGGUCGCAGUCUUGCUGUCAUCAAAACCGAUCAACAUGAGAUCGGUGACCUCGGAUUGGUCGCUGCCAAGAGCCGCGGCAAUCAGCCAACCAUGUUCAAGCCCAAGCCUUUGACUGUUCGUGGAGUACACGAAGGCCUUCUUGGCAUUGCUAAGGUCCAAGGACAUGGCUCCCAGGACAAGAAAAUCUCGGGCAUCAAAAAGCUUCUAUCAGCGGCUGACUCCGCCACUGCUGGUAAGGGCGGCAAGGGUAUUGAUAUUACCAAAGACAAGGGCGGUCCAAGUGAGGCCAAAUUUAUUGUCCGCUUUUUGGAGGGAAAGUUGAGACUGGGUCUUGCAGAAAAGACUGUUCUUGUGGCUCUUGCGCAAGCCGUCGUGACACACGAAGCCGCAGUCAAGGGCGAGAAAGCCCCUUCGCCCGAGAAGAUGGCGGAGGGUGAGGCUGUCCUGAAGACAGUGUACAGCCAAAUGCCUACCUACGAGGAAAUUGUUCCCGCAAUGAUUGAAGGGGGCAUUUUCAACCUCCCUGAGGUCUGCAAGCUGUCUCCAGGUAUUCCCCUCAAGCCUAUGCUGGCCAACCCAACAAAGUCAAUCACGGAAGUGCUCGACCGCUUCGAAGGGAAAGAGUUUACCUGCGAAUACAAAUAUGAUGGAGAACGCGCCCAGAUUCAUUUCGUUGCCCCUGAUUCUAUUCGCAAAUACCCGGCAGCUACAGCAACGCUACAAAAGGACAGCAAAGGCCUCAGUGCCAUCUUCUCCCGCAAUUCGGAAAAUUUGUCCAAGAAAUACCCCGAUGUGCUUGCGAGGCUUGAUGGAUGGAUUAAGGAAGGCGUUGACAGCUUUGUUCUCGACUGUGAGACAGUUGCGUGGGAUACCGUAAACAAAAAGGUUCUGCCGUUCCAGCAGCUCAUGACCCGGAAGCGCAAGGAUGUCAAGGAAGAAGACAUCAAAGUCAAGGUUUGCGUGUUCGCAUUUGACCUACUGUUUUUCAAUGGAGAGCCCGUGGUUAAGAAAAGUCUCCGAGAGCGCCGUCAACUACUGCACGAGUGCUUCCAGCCGGUGGAGGGCGAGUUCCAGUUCGCACAAUUCGGCAACACGAAUGUUCUCGAUGAGAUCCAAACCAUGUUGGAAGACAGCGUGAAGGCUUCUUGCGAGGGACUGAUGGUGAAGAUGUUGGAUACUGAGCAGAGUGGUUACGAGCCGAGUAAGCGAAGUCGCAACUGGCUUAAGGUUAAGAAGGAUUAUUUGGCUGGUGUGGGCGAUUCCCUUGACCUGGUAGUCCUCGGUGCCUACUACGGCCGUGGUAAGCGUACAUCUGUGUAUGGCGCUUUCCUUCUGGCCGCCUAUAACCCUAAUAACGACACCUAUGAGACAAUUUGCAAUAUCGGAACGGGCUUUUCCGAGGCAGUGCUAGAGGAAAUGCACACGGCGCUCACACCCCUGAUCAUCGAUCGACCCAAGCCAUUCUAUGCACACUCUAGUGUUCCCAAAGACCAACCGGAUGUGUGGUUUGAGCCCCGGCUAGUGUGGGAAGUCAAGACGGCUGAUCUAACGCUUAGCCCGCGGUACAAGGCGGCUGCCGAUGAGUUCGAAGGUACCACUGGUGGCGGAAAGGGUGUCUCACUCCGAUUCCCUCGCUACAUCAAAUCGCGCGAUGAUAAGACUCCGGAUCAGGCUACGACCACUCGUGCAGUCGCGGAGAUGUAUCGUAAACAGGAAGCUGUGGCCAAGGAGUCAGCAGGUAAGCGUGGCGUGGAUGAUGACUUUGAGUACUGA